AUGUCCGAAACCCCGAAUUUGGCGACCGAGGCCGUUCUGGUCCACUCCGCGCCCGUGCCCGAGGACGCGGUCCCCGUCUCCGGCAUUGAUUUCGACAAGCCCGAAAACAAAAACACCCGGGCGGCCGAUCUGGUCGGAGCCAUGAACGGGAUGGGUUUCCAGGCCACGUCGCUGGGCCAGGCCUGCAACAUUAUCGACGAGAUGCGAACGUGGGAGGGCGUGGACAAGGAGGGCAAUCCCGCGAAAACUACGAUUUUCCUGGGCUAUACCUCCAACCUGAUCUCGUCAGGCCUGCGUUCGACCCUCAAGUACCUGGUGAAGAACAAAAUGGUGUCUGCGAUUGUGUCUUCGGCCGGUGGCAUCGAGGAGGAUCUUAUCAAGUGUCUGGCAGAGACCUAUCUGGGCGACUUUGCGCUCAAGGGCUCUGUUCUGCGAGAAACGGGGAUGAACCGAAUCGGCAACCUGCUGGUGCCCAACGACAACUACUGCAAGUUUGAGGAGUGGGUGGUGCCCAUUCUCGACACCAUGCUGGAGGAGCAGGAGAAGCAGGGAGUCAGCUGGACGCCGUCGACCGUCAUUGACCGCCUGGGCAAAGAGAUUGACAACGAGGACUCGGUACUCUACUGGGCCCACAAGAACCAGAUCCCCGUCUUCUGCCCGGCCCUCACCGACGGCUCUCUCGGAGAUAUGCUCUUUUUCCACACCUUCAAGGCCUCGCCUCUGCAACUCAAAAUCGACAUUGUUGCCGACAUUCGCAAAAUCAACUCCAUGAGCAUGGCCGCCACCCGUGCAGGCAUGAUCAUUCUGGGAGGCGGUCUGGUCAAGCACCAUAUUGCCAACGCGUGUCUCAUGCGAAACGGAGCCGAUUACGCUGUUUAUAUCAACACUGGCCAGGAGUUUGAUGGCUCUGACGCCGGAGCUCGUCCCGAUGAGGCCAUUUCCUGGGGAAAAAUCAAGGCCGGAGCGAAACAUGUCAAGGUGUAUGCUGAUGCCACUUUGGUGUUUCCUUUGGUUGUUGCUGCUACUUUUGCAAAGGAGUAA